AAAAGAUCGCCAGAAGAUUGGUUGGUCAAGCUUUGUGUGUUUGUUUUAUUAAGGUGUGAAAGAAUCUAUUGUCAGUCACUCUCACUUCUUAAGUUUGAGUCAUUGUUUUGGUUACCACAACGAAAAAUAGAAUGCCUUCUUUUGGUGCGACGCGCAGUCGUCCGCGGAGUGUGGCAGGGCCGACGCCUUCUGCAUCUUCUUCCAGUCACCCGCAUUACAGCACCAAUUCCUUCACCAUUGGUAGUCCAACAGGGCACAUCAAUGCAGCCAACACCAAGACCAAGUUGUUUAACACAUCAACGACAAGUCCUACUAAUGCCGUUCUUCAACAGUGGUCAGUAAAACAAGUGCCUCCUUCUUCAUUAACAUAUUCCGGAGGAGCUCAUUUGUCGACAAAUCCGGCUCUUCGAUCGGUCAGUAGUCCGAAGUCUCCUAUCAUGACUGCUGCUGCUAAUACGAAAGCCACGUGGAAGAAGCGACCGCGAUACUUGGAGGAGGAGCGGUUCGAGCAGUUUGUUUGGGGUGACUUUCGCUUGGUUGUGCGACAUCUAGAUCAGCUACAACAACAAUUGAAAGAAAUGCAAGCUAGGCUAACGACGUUAGAACAACAACGAACAGAAGAGGCUGAUAGAGCAUUUCGUACUUCUGACAAUAGUAGACGAGCGGCAGAUAAAGUCGAUGCUAGGGCAGUUCACAAUCUCGAAGAAGGUGCACUAUCCUCGAUUGCGGCAGCAGAUGGUCAUUCUUGUGCUGACUCGGCUGGCGUAACUGCUGAUUACAUUAGAACGUCGAAUCUACAAGCGUCUCCAUGCCUAACAUCAAAUAGUUGUACUAGCAACCUCCAGCAGGGAAAAAAUCAUACAGCACCAGAAUCUUCAACAUCGACACCUCUCCUACUAGCUGUAGAACAAGGUACUAACAAUAAUUUGUCUUCGAAAGGUAUUAUCUGUGACGAUCAUGUUUAUAAUAAGGGUAGAUCUCAGAUAUCACCGGACAUGCUUGAUUUGGCGCUUGAUGAAGCUACGUCUACGGUAGGCAUCAAGCCUCCGACUUCAAUACAAGAGGAUGAACGACAUGGCGGAGGUCUAGUGAGAGGAACAAGUGGAGAAGGCGAAGGAAGUGGAGGAGCUCUACGAGAGCAUGUAGGACGAGGAAGAUCCCCGAAUGAGGGUGCAGUGAUGGCUGAGAGGCUUGAAGUGCUGGAACGGGCUGUGCUAGAUCUAGAAAAAACCGCACGUGGGUCCUAUGACCCGACUUCUAGUAACAAUUUUCAAGUACCAGGUACUGUAGUACAAGAACAUGAGGGUGACAAUGACGACUCCAGUCCGGUGAUGAUCUUCAAGAAAAUGAAGAAGUCUCAUCCUACAUUCUCAGAGGAAACAAGGAAAAAGGACGAUAUCAAACAGGCUCGAAAAAAAGAAGAGACAGCUGAGCAGCAAGUGGACGUUCAGAAUGUAGUUGGACAUGAACUCUGCGAAAAUGAAAAUCAACAAAAGGCUUCUCCAGGCCAUUUUAGCGACUUACAAAAACAGCAAGAGCGGAUUUUGCGAACUCUGAAAUCGAAAGUGCUCUCAAGACGGGAUGGCGAAAUCUUGAACGCGGAUCUUCGGGACCUGCAAGGCCGAUUUCACAAAUUCAGCGACCAGAUUGUAGAAGCGCUAAGAGAUAAGGCCGACAUUGACAAUGUAAACACUGCAUUGGCAUUGAAAUCCAAUCUGACAUUGGUGAAAGAUUUGAAAAGAGACCUAUCUCUCAAAGCAAAUAUGAGUGAUGUAAUGCUCUUGUUGCGGCAAAGUUUGGUAGGUGGAAGCGGAGGUGGGUGAUGUAAGAGGAUGAGACUUUCCUUUGCGUACUCAUGAAACUAUGAUAGAUGUCCUAUGAGAAUGGAGGUUGUGCUAAGACGUCUCGUAGUGAAGCACGUACUAAUGCAGCGCAGCAAGUAUGCUGCGCGCAUAGUAUGCUGCGCGCAUCAAGGAAAUUGACACUCAGGUGGUAU